AUGCCCCAGGUGCCCCCAGGUGUGACCAGGUGUGCCCGCAGGCGCGUGUUCUCGCUGGAGGACUUCGAGGCAGGGAGGGACAUUCCCCAGGUUCUCUCAGGUGCCCCCAGGCGCGUGUUCUCGCUGGAGGACUUCGAGGUGGGCCGGCCCCUGGGCAAGGGCAAGUUCGGCAACGUGUACCUGGCGCGGGAGCGGCGCUCCGGCUUCCUGGUGGCCCUCAAGGUGCUCUUCAAGUCCCAGGUGGAGCAGGAGGGGGUGGAGCACCAGCUGCGGAGGGAGAUCGAGAUCCAGGCGCACCUCAGGCACCCCAACGUGCUCAGGCUCUACAAUUACUUCCACGACCGGCGCCGCGUCUUCCUCAUCCUCGAGUUCGCGCCCUGGGGGGAGCUCUACAAGGAGCUGCAGCGCUGCCGGCGCCUGGACGCCACCAGGACGGCCACG